AUGAAAUAUUUAAUUUUACUUUUCGGGUUGCAAUUUUUUAUCGGAGUUACAAAAUCUGAUUUUACAUCUUGGGAUGCAAAUACUUAUGUUCCGAAUGUUUGUGUCUGUGUACCAGUUGGAAAGUGUUCUUAUGCUGGAGAAGCACCAGAAACCGAUGGUUCAGGGAUUAUUGAAGCUAGAAUAGCUACUCUUGGCGAGAAUCCAAAAGACAAUCUUGGAACCAAUGAGACCCUUUGCCAACCUGUUUCAACUGGAAUUCCACUCGUUGCAAGUGACAUGCAAAGCUGUGAAGAUGGAUUGGAGCUUUGUUGUCCUUCAAUUGGAUAUUCCUGUGGCAUCCGGUACCCACCAAUGGAAGGAUCGCCAGUACCAAUAAACGAACAAGCUCCAUAUGGUGCAUAUCCUUACCAAGCUGUAAUUUUGUCAUCAUACAACCUUUAUAUAGCAUCUGGUGUCCUUAUUGAUCAAUAUCAUGUCCUGACUGUAGCACAUAAAGUUUAUAAUUUGUCUUCUGGUGUUAAGGUUCGUUUAGGUGACUGGGAUGCAGCAUCUCCAUCUGAACCACUUGAUGCUAUAGAAAGGAAUGUGACGAUCCACAUUCAUCCAGGAUUUAAUUUGAAAAAUUUAAGAAAUGACAUUGCCAUCUUGAGAUUGAAUUCUUUGGUUCCUUUAGGACAAUAUCCAACAAUCGGAACUGUUUGCCUUCCAAGAAAAGAUGCCUGCACUGGGGAUGGUGGAGCUCCAUUGAGCUGUUUUGUUGGCGAUCGAUUCUAUCUACAAGGUUUAGUAGCUUGGGGCAUCAAAUGUGGCACAUCAAAUAUUCCAGGUGUCUAUGUCAACAUCAACAGCUAUGUUCCCUGGAUUCAAGACAUGACAAAAAGACUUUCAAAUCAAAAAGAAUUAACAACAACUAAAAAAUCAAAUCCAAUUGAAAAGACAACAACAGUAACGGUAAGGAAGAGAGUAACAACAACUAAGAAACCACCAACAACUACAACAACUAUAAAAACUACUCCAAAAAAACCAACAACAACUAAGAAACCACAAUCAACAACAACAACAACAAUAACAACUAUGAAGACAACUACUCCUAAACCUAAACCCACGACCACAACAACCUCAAAACCAAAAACUACAUCAACAACAAUGACAAAACCUAGAGCAACAACAACAACCACCAAACCUAGAACCACAACAACCACAUCUACAACGGCUAAACUCACAACAACGACCACAACGAAACCAAAAACUACUUCAACAACAACAACAAAACAAACUUUGACAACAACCACAACAACCGAACCAAAAACAACAUCAACAACAAGUAUCAACACAGCAACCAGAAGAUCAACCCGUAGAGGAAGUCGUAAAUCAUCAACAAGAAGAACCACUAAAAGAACUGAAAGUACUGAAAGUAGUUUCCUAAGCAUGUAGAUGCCCAAAUCUUUUAAAAAAUGUGGAAUUUUAUUUUUUUUUUGUAUUUUUAAUAACGAAAGUUUAAAAAAUAAAAAAGAUUUGAUUGAGAAAUUUGUUUGACUUAUGACAAAGGUUUAAUUCAGGGCGUCAAAUGAUGUUGCUUUAAAAUACCAGGAAUACGGGAACUUAAGGGACCUUAUAAAAGUUGCUAUAUGCAGUCGUAAUAUGAAAUUUAAUCUGGCAAAGUUUCAGAGCGAUUUGACACUUCUUUA